UUUACGCUCAAAAUACACACACUUUUAAGGUAAACGAGUCGUUUACACUUUAAACUUUUCCAAAAAUUCACAGUUGAAAAUUAAAUAUGUGUUACUGCCCCGAGGAUUGUUUCGACGAUUGCUGUUGCUCGCUAUGGGCCAAGGCGUACUUCUUCUGCAUUUGGACUCUCGUACAUGGAAUCAUUUUUACAUUAAUAUUUUGUGGUUUGAUAGCAUUUACGCUUGCUGAAGAUCUUUAUCUUUGGAUCGGCGUUGGCCUCCUAAUAAUUGCCCUCAUACACCUAAUUGCUGGAAUACUCUUGUUGGUGGGCUUUUUGAAGAACAUACGUGUGCUGUUUUUAGUUGGCAUCAUUUUAAGCUGCAUAUUACCAUUUGUGUUCGUGGCACUUAUUUACCUACCAAUCAUGCAAGUUCUCUUCGUCAUAAUAGCAUGCAGAUAUUAUAAAAUAAAAAUGUAAACAUGAAAUGAAGAACACCAAUCCGAUUGCGAGAAGCUGACAAGAGGUCGAAUGUUCACGUUUAGAUUUUGCUUGUGGACCACUUCAAUUUGCUUAGUAUGCAAUUUUCAAAAAAAAACGAAAAAAACAAAGAAAAAAAGCCUGGCAAAUGGGCCGAAAAAGAAGCAUCGAGAUUUUAAACAGAACAAAUAUAAAUGUGGUAUAUGGUCGAAUGGAAUUAUGCGUAUAUGUCCCUAUGAACGUAUAUUGUAAGUAAAGCCUGCCAACUGGACGAAAUCCGGGAAGAAUGUGUAGACGCAGCUAGAUUUAAAGAAGUAUAUUGAAAACAGAACAGAACAAGCAGAUUUAUAUAUUUAUAUGCCAAUGAGUAUGAAAAUAUGCAGAGCGUAAUGUUGUGAGUAAGGUCGUCAGGGAGACGAGAUUCGGGAAGAACUUGAAGACGCGGCGGCAACAGUUUAACAAUUAUUCAGAUUACCCAGAUUUUACGCAGAACAUAUAGAUGUGUAUAUUAUGAUGAUUAUGAAAUAUAAAUUACAUUCAGCAAGAGAAAA